AGACACGGUGAACGGGCUCCAUUGCAGACGACGCGUCUGAUACGCGGCGAGUCACACGACGAGGAAACAAGAGACAAAACAAAGAUAACAAAAAGACAAAGUAGCAAAGAAAAAAAAAGGCCGCAGGGCACGAUUACAAAUGCCGCCCUUCCUGCCGCCUCCUCUCCCACCACCUCCGCUUACGGCGUUUCAGCUGGGCUCCGAACGGCAUUCAUUCCAAGCGUACGCUUCGAACGAGCAAGGAGCAGAAACUCAGCUCAUCAUGGCAUCCGAACAGUGGCACUUCGACACCAACGCAGUCCACGCGGGACAAGACCCGAGCCAGUGGAACUCGAGGGCGGUGGUACCGCCGAUUUCGAUGGCAACCACCUUCCAGCAAGGAGCGCCGGCCGAACACUACGGAUUUGAAUACUCGCGGUCCGGGAAUCCAACGAGGAACUGCCUGGAAGAAUGCCUGGCCUCGCUGGAACAUGCCAAAUACGCCCUGGUGUACGCCUCCGGCCUAGCGGCCACGCACAACGUGACACAUCUGCUGAGCCCGGGAGACCACAUCGUGAGCUUCGACGACGUGUAUGGAGGCACGAACAGACUCUUCAGGGCCCUCAUGGUCCCACGGGGAUUCGAAAUCACCUUCGUCGAUGCCACCGACCUGAAGAAAGUCGAGGCCGUGUUGAGACCCACAACUAAGCUGGUCUGGAUCGAGACACCCAGCAACCCUACAAUGAAGGUGGUCGACAUCAAGGGGGUCUGCAAGCUCGUGAAGAGAAAGUGCAGUGCCAUAGUUGCGGUGGACAACACCUUCAUGUCGGCCUACUUUCAGAAACCACUCGACCUUGGAGCUGAUAUAUCAGUCCACUCUCUUACCAAGUACAUGAAUGGCCACUCCGACGUGGUGAUGGGUGCAGUCUGCACGAGUGAUGCAGAAAUCCACGAGAGGCUACGCUACUUCCAAAAUGCUGCUGGUGCGGUGCCCUCCCCAUUUGACUGCUUCCUGGUGAACCGCGGCCUCAAGACUCUUCACGUUCGAAUGGAGCGCCACAUGGAGAAUGGUCUUAAGGUGGCCAAGUUUCUGUCUAGCCAUCCGCUCGUCGAAAAGGUACUUCAUCCAGGUCUUCCAAGUCACCCCCAGCAUGAAAUCGCCAAACGUCAGUGCUCCGGCUUCAGUGGAAUGGUGUCCUUCUACAUCAAGGGUGGGCUGGCAGAGUCCACAAGCUUCCUAAAAAAUCUCGAGGUCAUCAUUCUCGCCGAGAGCCUGGGAUCCAUCGAAAGCCUCGCAGAACUCCCGGCUGUGAUGACACAUGCAUCUGUGCCAGAAGACCAGCGUAAAGAGCUUGGCAUCAGCGACAAUCUUGUUCGGCUUUCGAUCGGAAUAGAAGACUCGGACGACCUGAUCAAAGACAUCGACCAGGCCCUCCAAAAAGCUGUACAAAAGUGAGCGUCUCUCUCUGUCAGAAGAACCGGCAUUAACUCCUUCCGUUUCAAAAAUCAUUAAAGAAAAUAUUUUUUUACCUGCAA